AAAUUUGUAUUAAUAUUAAUUUUUUCCGUAUAAUCAAUUUUUAACUUAUAAAAAUGAGCUUAUAUGAAAUUCUUAUUGGUCAUAUUUUGUGCUAUUGUUGCAUUAUUUCGUUCUGUUUUACGUUUGCCGAUAAUGAUGAAAUAAUAUAAAAGCGCUGAUAGCGCUCUCCUCGAAAGCCUUAAAAAAAAAAAAACAGCACUGAUAAUCUAAUAACAACAAUCAUACAGUCUCAAGACAACACAACGGUCAAUAGCUCUAGCAAGUACUUAGCAAACAAAGGAAUAUCGCCGGAAUUUCUAAUUGCCGAGGCACUGUGUAUCUCCAAAAGCUGGAGGCAGGAUGAAGCUCGUCAAUCUUUCGGGAAUUUUCUUGCUCCUCGAAGCUCUCUCGCUCGUCAAUGCAAUCGAGGAUCCUGGCGCUCUCAACAAUAGCUUCCCUGUGAUAGUGAUCACCUGGAAUGAGAAGAAUGCAACGGAGAGAGCAUGGGACGUGAUAUACAAUCAGAAGAGAAGUGCUCUGGACGCGAUAGAGGAAGGCUGUAUCCUGUGCGAGGAGCAACAGUGCAGGAGGACAGUGGGAUUCGGCGGCAGCCCGGAUGAAUUAGGAGAAACCACGAUGGAUGCUAUCAUUAUGGACGGAGUGGCGAUGGAUGUAGGUGCGAUAGGAGGAAUGCGGAACGUGAAGAAUGCCAUUACGGUCGCACGCAAGGUGCUGGAGCACACGAAGCAUAAUCUUCUGGGCGCAGACCAGGCUGCGGAUUUCGCUGUGAACAUGGGAUUCACGAAGGAGUCCCUGCAAACGGACGAGUCCAAGGAGAAGUGGAUGCAGUGGAAGGAGAACAAGUGUCAGCCCAAUUUUUGGAAGAACGUCGUACCGGAUCCAACAACCACCUGUGGACCGUAUCGUACGAGCGUCGUAGAAGACGAUAGAAGCACGGUAGUAGGAAACGAGGAUAAUCAUGACACUAUCGCUAUACUCGCGAUAGACUCGCGGGGACACACAGCGGCCGGGGCGUCUACGAACGGCGCCAAGUACAAGAUACCCGGCCGCAUCGGGGAUUCUGCUAUUGUCGGAGCCGGGGCGUACGCCGAUCAAGAGGCCGGCGCGGCCGCCUGCACAGGCGACGGAGAUAUUUUGAUGCGAUUUUUACCGAGCUUCCUGGCGGUGGAGGAGAUGCGUAACGGAGUAGCGCCGAGCGUAGCUGUUAGGAACGUGAUUGACAGAAUCGCCCGGCAUUAUCCCAAGUUCCUCGGCGGGGUAAUCGCGUUGAACAAGAAGGGAGAAUAUGGGGCAGCGUGUAACGGAAUAGCCGCGUUUCCUUAUUACAUUGCCAAUCCCGCUUUGGGCCCCACAUUCCUUUCCGUUCCAUGCAGCAAUCCGCCGUAGUAAGAAUGGCUUAUUGUUGAAUUGCACGUACGUUUCAAAUUUCAAGUUGAUACAAAACAAUUAAUGUAUGGUGCUAAACAUAACUGCACGGACUCCGGCGACACAGUCGAUGGCACAUCUUUCUUUCAAUAAAGAUCGUAUAAUCAAAUUUGUGAUAAAAUCAUUGUGAUAAAAUUCGAAAACAGAUCAUAAUGCCGCCGAAGUCUACGCAUUUGUGAACGACCUUGCGCUCUUGUUGCUAUAUACAAACUUAUGAAAAUUUGAUAAAUGAAGAAAACGAGACUGUAUUAAAAAGAAGAUUCAUCACAAGUA